GCACAUAAACAGGAAAAGAGUCGGACUGUAGGCGAUCAUGGGCAAGAGCUGUAAGGUGGUGGUGUGUGGCCAGGGCUCAGUGGGCAAAACUGCAGUUCUGGAGCAGUUACUGUACGCCAACCAUGUAGUAGGUUCAGAGACUAUGGAGACCCUGGAGGACAUUUACAUUGGCUCUGUGGAGACGGACCGCGGGACUCGAGAGCAGGUGCGAUUUUAUGACACCCGCGGGCUGCGUGACGGUCAGGAGUUCCCACGCCACUACUUCACCUUUGCGGACGGAUUCGUGUUGGUGUACAGUAUCGACAGCAGAGAGUCCUUCAAACGAGUCGAAGCUCUCAAGAAGGAGAUCGACCGCUGCCGAGACAAGAAAGAGGUCACUAUAGUAGUAGUGGGCAAUAAACUGGACCUGCAGGACCAGAGGCGGGUCGACAGCGAGGCAGCUCAGCAAUGGGCACGGCAGGAGAAGGUGCGACUAUGGGAGAUUUCUGUGACCGACAGACGGACGCUCAUCGAGCCCUUCGUCCAUCUGGCCAGCAAAAUGACCCAACCUCAGAGCAAAUCCACCUUCCCGCUCAGCCGCAACAAGAACAAGACUAGCGGAUCUCUGGACAGCUAGAGAUCCAGACUAACGUAAGGGAGAGCAGACACUCAGUUUUAUAUUCUUCACAAUGUUUUAAAUUGCCAUUAUAAGCUGUACGUGUCCAGCACACUGAAUGAAGUUACUGCAUUGAAGUUUUAUAUUGAUAAACAUAAAUGUUCAUAUGUUGCUGUGUGAAAUUUCUCUCAAGCUUCUCUUGAAAUAUUUGACUGAUAACACUAUACUGCUUUUACACUGAGAUGUAUACCUCUGCAGCAAGGAUGACUCCAAUUACUCAACUUUGUAUUUGAUUUCGUAAAAUGAUGUUGGUGCCAUGUCAACUGCUAUUUUUGAAGACUCUUUAAUAGAAUAUUGCAGACUGCAUGGUUGUUUUACUUAUCUUUGGUGCUUAUAUUUGCGUGAGACAACAUUCCUAUUUCUCAAAAAAAAAAAGUUACUGAUUCCAGAAGUGCGGCUCUGUAAGUAUGCAAAAGCUAAAUUUAGUGUAUGUGUUGAUUUUUGUGUGUUAAAGGAACGCUCCACUUAAAAAAAAUUGUCUUAUUUUGCAACUCUUUUAGAGUUAAGCAGUUUAGUUUCAUCAUUUUUGAAUCCAUUCAGCCAAUCUCCAGGUCUGGAGGAAGCGUUUUUAGCUUAGUUUAGCAUAGAUCAUUGAAUCGGAUUGGACCAUGAGCAUCUCAUUUAAAAAUUGACCAAAGAGUUUAGAAAAUUUUCCUAUUUAAAGCUUGAUUCUUUUGUAGUUAUAUUGUUUAUGAUGACCAACAGAAAAUGAAAAUAAGCUAUUUUGCAGGCAGACAUGUUUAGGAACUAUACUCUCAUUUAGGCGUAUUAAGCAACAAACUUUGCGGCUGAACCAUGGCUGCAUGAUAUUACUAAAUCAGCUUUUUGAGUCAGAUGCUAAUGGUCUAAUCCCAUUUAAUGAUCUAUACUAUCCUAAGCUAAGCAUGCUCCCCACAGACCAGAAGUUUGGCUGAAUGGAUUCAAAAAUGGUAAAACUCAAUUGUUUAACUGUAUGAAAGUUGUGAAAUGAGCAGAUUUUCUAAAAAGGGCAGUGUUCCUUUAAAGCAGUGGUCACCAAACUUGUUCCUGGAGGGCCGGUGUCCUGGAGAUUUUAGCUCCAACCCUAAUCAAACACACCUGAACAAGCUAAUCAAGGUCUUACUAGGUAUACUUUUUACAAGGUAUACUAGGUUAGUUGAAGCAAGUUGAAGCUAAACCCUGCAGGGACACUGGCCCUCCAGGACUGAAAUUGGUGACCCCUGCUUUAAAGCAUAGGUCUCAAAUUGGAUUCCUGGAGAGCCGCUGCUCUGCACAGUUUUGCUCAAACCCUAAUCAAACACAGCUGUUGCAACUAAUUAAGGUGUUCAAGGCUACUAGAGACUAUUAAGCAGGUGAGAGUUGGAGGUGGUUGGAGCUAAACUAUGCAGAGCUGUGGCCCUCCAGGAAUUGAGUUUGACCACUGUUUAAAGUAUCACCACUGUGCCAUUUUUGCCCUGAUGAUAUAUUUGUGAGUAGUCAGUCAUGUUAUAUAAUGUUUGCUUUUGGUUGAAGCACUUACUUAAUUUCUUUUUAAAUCAGGAGAAAAAAGCAUGACUUGUAAACAGUCUACUCAUAUCCUAUUUUUAGCUUUAAUUUAUUUCAAAUGCAUUUUGAAAUGUUUAAAAGCAUCAUAAUGUAUUUUUGGCUGAAAACAAAUACUGUAUGAGCAGCUUUUUUAAUAAAGAUGCUUGGCUGGA